CUUUGACCCAUAAAACAUAGUAUACAAACAUUCUAAUUAUCACCACCUCUGACAAACAAGCUCCAAUUUACUCUCUCAUCAACAUCAACUUACCACUCUAUUAACACUUGAGACUACUUUGUUUUCACUUCAUACAAUGGGCUGCCACGGUCGUUACACUGCAGAGAAGGUGACCUAUCCAUCUCACGGGGAGACCAUCACCGGCAUCCUGUAUCUGCCCAAAGACGUGGCCAACCCGCCUGGUGUCGUCGUUCUCGGCCCAUACUCGUUUGUCAAGGAACAAGCCCCGCUGCAGUAUGCCACGCGACUUGCCGACGAAGGCUAUGCCACUCUGAUCUUUGACCCACGCACUGUCGGGGAGAGUACCGGUCAGCCACGGCGUCUAGAAAAUCCCAAGAUGAAGAACGAAGACGUCGUCUCCGGUCUUGACUACCUUGCCGGCAGAGGUGACGUGGAUGCCGAGAGAUUGUUCCUCGUCGGUGUCUGCCAAGGUGGUCCUGAGUGCCUAGACGUUGCAUCAUAUGAUGAUCGGGUCGUCGCUGUCGCUUCCGUGACGGGGUACUAUCGCGAUCAUGAGACAGAUGUCUGGAUGAUCUGCACUGGCUGCGUGAACAUCGAGCCCGGGGUCGACGUUGGGUCAUUGAAAAUGCCUACACCCGAGCAAGGGGAAGCACUGUAUCAGGCACGCAUUGGGCGAGCUAGAAAGGCUAAAGAGCUGUACGAGAAAACAGGCCAAGUCACCUACCAACCUCUUGUCGACCCGAAAGCCGCAGACCCAGAUGUCGGUUCACUCGCUGGCCUUCCGGGACCCGUCGCGUGGGCUUGGUACGGCCCGUGGACUUUGAAGGGGUUUGAGAACCGAUACGCCGUCAUGAGUGAUUUGGAUCACUUUGGAUAUUCGACUGUACCUGGGGUGGCCAAGCUCACCAAACCGGCUCUGGUUAUUCAUGGAGACAAUUGCAUGAACGCGCCCGCAGCCAAGAGGCAUUUUGAGUCGAUCCCGACCAAGAACAAGAAAUUGAUUUGGGAUAAUGGUGUGUCGCAUUUCCAGCAUUACGAUCAGCCGGAUGUUGUAGAUAGUAACGUUGCAAACAUGUUCAAUCCCUCCACAACGCUGGUGUAUCAUCUCGAUCGGAACUAUAUACACAAGAUUAAGAAGGCUCACUUGAACUUUAUAGCUGGCCGGGGUAUAAGGCCCCCAAAGCAUGCCUCGAUGAAGGCUCGAGACAAUUAUCGCAAGCACUACGCCAUGAUCAGGCAAGUCACUGGUGUCUUGGCAGAGGACCAUGCUUACAAGGCUGUACAGGGCUGCUGCCUAGAAUGCCAAGGCACAAUCAGGUCAUAA